CGUAAAAAAGCACCAAGCAUAUCUGGAGAGAGAGAACAACUUCAACAACGACAAGAGCGUUUAGUGACAGAUUGGGAAACUACUUCCACUGUUGGAGUGUCAUCUUUGUCCGGUUCUCGUUCCUUGCGACGUCGCUCCGUUGAUCGGGAGCUUACUGGUGCAAGUAGCGGAGUGAGCUUUUCUGGUCUUCUCCCUGCCAAGCGACAGGCGACUUCCAACAACACUUGUAUUUCUUCUUCCGCAUCCCCGGAAGAAGAGGAUUGGUGCCUUUCCGAUGUCAUUUUCGUUGAGGAUGGUCGCACUCAACCGGUAGGUGUUGUGCUCAAGGUCGAUGGGGGUAUAGCAGCCGUCAAGUUUCUCAAAGAGCAGGAAAGAGCCUGUCUAGCUGUCAAUUGUAUGUAUUCGCCCGUCACCACACUGAUCAACAGUCUUGCAGGUGGGUGUGGUGGCAGUACAGCUGGAUCAAGUUGCAUUUCGGGGCCCCUAUCGGGUUCAUCUGUUGUCACUGGCAAACUAACUCCUAGCUGCACAGGCAACAUGACUUACACCACAUCUGCCUUCCUUCCCGCAUCUGGGUCCAGCAGUUCUGGGCAAGCUUCGUCAUCUCCUGGAGGGGCUACUGUUCCUACUACUACUUCUUCCACUGUUUUGCAAGUUUCUAAUGAUCCAAUGGCCUGGUUAAACGUAAGAGCUUGGAGGUUUUAA